CCAAGGCAACUAAUUAUAGAGUCUACAGAAUAGAGUAGCAAAAAAACCCUAGAGUUUUCUUGCUUUAUCACCUUUCACAAGUAGCCGCUCCAAAUCCUCCAUCAACACUCAAAAUGACUAAGAGGACCAAGAAGGCUGGAAUCGUUGGCAAGUAUGGUACCCGUUAUGGUGCCAGUCUGCGUAAGCAGAUUAAGAAGAUGGAGGUUAGCCAGCAUAGCAAGUACUUCUGUGAGUUUUGUGGAAAGUAUGCAGUAAAGAGGAAAGCAGUGGGAAUUUGGGGUUGCAAAGAUUGUGGCAAAGUCAAAGCUGGCGGUGCUUACACAUUGAACACUGCAAGUGCUGUUACAGUUAGGAGUACAAUCCGAAGACUGAGGGAGCAAACCGAGAGUUAGAGCAACCGCAUCCUUCUGCGGCAGCUUAUGAUGUGUCCGCUUAUUCUCUGAGAUUCAACAUGUUUUUCAAUUUUGAGUACUUAUGUGUCUACUUAUGUUCUGAGAUCAGACAUGACGUCUUGAACCAGCUCAAUUAACCAUUAGUAUACUUGGGAAUACUGUUUUAUUCAGACAAUUAUUCACUGAUGCAUUUUGUUGCCUUUA